AUGGAGGAACAAACCUUGAUGAACCCUUUAGACGGAAUGUCCGAGUCACUCCUCAAGCUUAGUAUCGAACUGGAAGCAACUGAAGUGGAGAAGUCUCGCUCAAAGAAGCGCAGGAUCUCCUUGGAGCGGGAGUAUGUGCUUCAGGAACAGGAUGCUGGCCGUAUAACUGAGAGCGACGCAAAGAAUCGCCUGAUUGCCCUCCGAAAACGCUCCAUCUUCGCUGGAAGUGAACUAUGGGAUCACCAUAAAAGGAAGGCUCGGCUUGAGGACCCCAAAAUGCAAAGAUGUCUCGAGCCCGGCGGGUCUGGAGUGUCGAUGCUGCUCUUGGACUUGUACAGGGCCAGGCACGGAUUGGGCAAACAAAGGCGACGUCGUCCAAGCAAUUGGCGCCGCAAGGCCCUGCAAUACUACGGAGAAGACGGCAAUUCCCGAAAUGUGUGGUGUCAUGCCUUGGGCGAGACCUUUUCGAAGGACCAAAUCAGAACGGCCCAUAUUGUCCCAUUCUCGCUGGACGGUGAGACUAUCGGUUCGGUGAUUUUUGGGAGCAGAUCAUCUACAGGACUAGCACAACCAGAAAACUCCUUGCUCCUUCAUGAAAUUAUCCACAGAUGGUUUUAUAAGUAUCAAGUGUUGAUCGUCCCUGUUGAUUCGAUGGAGAGACCCAUAAAACGAUGGAAAAUUGAUGUUAUUACACCCGAUAUCGCAAAUUUCCGACUCUAUCCUGGCAAAGUGGGAGGCGAUUUGGAUGGGCAGGAGCUUGUCUUUUUAAACAACAAUCGCCCAGCCUUGGAAUUCCUGUAUUUCCGGUUUAUCAUGGCACUUUUUCGGAUCAAAGAUGUGAGAACUCGAGGAUGGGAGACUGUCUGGAGCAAAUAUUACACAAAUCGGCCCUUUCCAACACCAACUCCAUAUAUGCGCAAGAACAUGCUGCUCGCUAUCGCAACCCAUUUCGAAACAACCUCAAUGGAAGUCAUUGAGUCGUGGAUGACGGACCACGGCUUUGUCUCCAUGUCACUAGAACUGACCAUCGAAGAAUCGGAUGAAGUGGCCCGGAUUGUUAUUGAAGCCAUGGAUCAAACUCAUACUGAGGCGAUUGAGGGAACAAAACACAUUGAUCAAUAA